CUCAGUUAUAUUUACCUCAGACAACGUGCAUGGACGAACGUGUAAGGUUUACCAUGAAUGUUUUUUCGUGCUGGUAUGCUUAUUAAGCCGUCCUUGAAGAAGUCCCAACAUGGAUGUUCUUUUAGACUGCAUUGAUGAAAUAGCAUUAGAUGGUUUAGACGGUUGCCCUAUACAGGAGUUAUGGAAGCAUCUUGAAGAAAGAAGGCCACCAUUUCCUUUUAAGUUGGACGAUAGAGCAAAGCAGUUUCUUUGGAAAGCCAUUGCUAGGACUCUAGAUAUUGAGUUUUUUGCACUUGCAGAGCCCUUUCCUCAUAUAUUUGGCACAAAGCAAGGGGAAAGAACUGAUAAUGAAAGUGCACAUCACCAAGCACAAAACCCUCUCGAUCAGUUUCCAGGGCCACUUAGAUACAACAAUGAAUUUAAGCUGAUAUCUGAAGAAGACACUGGAAUAAGAGGUUCCUGUCCCAGCUAUCAUGUGCGUAAAAAUAUAUCAGAGGAUGUACGAGGCCAUUCAAGUGGAGAUUGUGUUAACUUAGAGACUGCUUAUGAACGAUGGGGAGACUGUCUUGUUAUGGUUGCUUCUCAGGAGUUGAGAGAAAAAGCCCUUCUUGGACUUGAGUGUGAUCCUCAUGUUACACUCACUGAUAUACAGUAUUGUUUGUUGGAACAUGUUGGACAGGCAAGGUAUAAUGGACGUGUGCAGAAAACAAUUGGAUCAAGUUUCUUUAAGAUGGAUUCAAGGUCCACCUUUCAUCAUCUUAAAAGAUUAAGAAAAAGACAUUUAGUAACCAUGCAGGUGAAGUAUUAAAGUAUUUUUUCAUACAUGUGUAGGUUAGAUUUUGAUUGCUUUGACCUUGAUUAGUACAUGUGAGAAUAAGAAAGAUGUCCAGAAUAGUAACUGUAAUUACUGUUGGCUGACUGUUGGCUCUCUGUUGGAUAACAGUUGGCUGACAGUUGGUGAUCUGUCGGUAAGUUGUUGGUAGUUUUUCAGUAGUAGGUAACACUUGCCUUGAUGUUGUUCCUCCAUACUGUGCUUGAAAUAUAUGUCUGUCUAAGUUUUGGUAAUCACUGCUUACAACCAGUGCCAGCGCUGCAGAAAACAACCAGAGUAAAUAUGCGAAUACAGCAAUAGUAUCAUUCCCCCAUAAAUUAUGUCAUAGUUCGAAUUGCAUUGUAGGGUGCUUUCUACAAGAAAGUAUUAUGCAGUUGUUUUCGCUUUUUCUGUUGGAUGAAAUCUGCUUUAUAUGGUUAAAUUUAACUUAGACGUUGUUGUCUGUUACUUACAAUGUAACAAAUUUGAUAUAAAAUUAAGUUUUUAAAGAAUAUUUCACAAUUGAUAUUUUCUGUGCCCACCAUCAAUCAGUAAGUUAGUGAUGAGAUUUAUUGCUAAUUAUUUUCGACUUUUGAAACCAUUUUGUUGAUCGGGUAUAUUACUCUAUUCCUAUAUAUUCUACAGCAAACAUUUUGUUUAGUAAACUGUGGGUAACCUGUCAGGAACCUGUUGGUAGCUUGUCAGCAAUCUGUCAGCUAACAGCUUGCCGACAGUCAGUUUUGGGACCUCUUCUUCACAAUUACCAACAAUUUUUCAAAGUUUUCACAAAUUUAUUGUUCAGCAUAGCAACAAUGACACCAUACAUUAGUAACUAAGAAUACAUGUAAACCAGUACAAACUUAGAGCCUGUUCUGUAAUGUGAGCCAGUGGCAAACAGAAAACAAUAGACACAUUGUAACAGCUGACCAAUCAUGUUUCAAAACUGCCAUCAGGAAAUUUGAGAUUUCAUUCCAGGAUG